CCAUCAUCACAACAACGGUUCUCAGAGUCUGCUACUCAUUCCCCGUUCGUCUAACAGCUAGCCGGAGGAGGAACCUGUGAAUUCUGAUUUGUAAACCACAGUAACUUAACAAGAUAUAAUUCCAGUUGAAGUUUCUGUCUGAUGGAGUGGUGGUUGUCAGUGUUUGUGGAGAGGAGCUAUGUUUCCCUGUCAUGUAACCCCCUGGCCCUCUGCUGAGCCCCCAACAUCUUGCAGCAGCCAUGUACCCUUAGUGCAACCCUCACAACCUCUGCCAGAUUUGCUGUGCAGCUGUCCGACUCCACCUUUAAACGCUCACGCUGAGACGCCGUCCCCAGAUCCCAUGGAGUCUCUCAUCGUGGUCACAGAGUAUGAACCCAGCAGAGCACCUGGACAGACGGGGGAGGAGGUGGAAGAAAUGGAUAGCUCUGAGAUGCCCGAGCCAGCCUCCUCCACUGCGGUGUCUUUCCGGCCUCCAUCCUGUGACCUGCUGUCCCACACAGUUGGUCGGCCAGAGGCUCUGCUGCCUGAAAGCCAGGAGCAGAGGGGCAGAUUGAGCCUGUCCGACCGGAAACUCUCUCUGCAGGAGCGCUCACAGACUGCACCAUCACCCAGCAGCUCCCCUGGACAUAACGGGCGCUAUAUUUACCCGUCAUUACCUUACUCUCCCAUCACAUCGCCCCACUCUUCUCCACGUCUGCCUCGUCGGCCCACCGUGGAGUCGCACAGUGUCUCCAUUACCGAUCUGCAGGACUGCGUUCAGCUCAACCAGUACAAACUGAAGGAUGAGAUUGGAAAGGGCUCUUAUGGUGUAGUCAAGCUAGCUUACAAUGAGGAUGACAACACAUACUAUGCGAUGAAGGUUUUAUCCAAGAAGAGGCUGAUGAGGCAGGCAGGUUUCCCACGGAGACCGCCUCCUCGUGGAGCCAAAGCUCUUCCUGAGGGCCCCGCUCAACCUAAAGGGCCACUGGAGCGAGUUUAUCAAGAAAUUGCCAUUCUUAAAAAAUUGGAUCAUCCUAAUGUAGUCAAACUUGUAGAGGUUUUGGAUGACCCCAGCGAGGACCAUCUGUACAUGGUGUUCGAGCUGGUGAAACAAGGGGCAGUGAUGGAGGUGCCAACAGAUAAGCCAUUCAGUGAGGACCAAGCACGUUUUUACUUCCGGGAUCUUCUCAGAGGAAUUGAAUAUUUACAUUACCAGAGGAUCAUCCACCGAGACGUCAAACCCUCUAACUUGUUGGUGGGAGAAGACGGGCACAUCAAGAUCGCAGACUUUGGAGUCAGUAACCAGUUUGAGGGGGCUGACGCUCUGCUGACCAGCACAGUGGGAACGCCUGCUUUCCUCGCUCCUGAAACACUUUCUGAGACCAGAAAGAAUUUCUCUGGGAAGGCUCUGGAUGUUUGGGCCAUGGGGGUGACUCUUUAUUGCUUCGUCUUUGGCGUGUGUCCAUUCAUGGACGAGCGUAUUCUCAAUCUUCAUCAAAAAAUUAAAACGCACCCUGUGGUGAUACCUGAACAUGCUGACAUAUCAGAUGAUCUCAAAGAUUUGUUGUUGAAAAUGUUGGAUAAGAACCCAGAGACAAGACUACCAGUGCCACAGUUAAAGGCACAUUCAUGGGUGACGAAGCAAGGUGCUGAGCCUCUUCCUCUUGAGGAUGACAACUGCUCCAUGCUGAUUGAAGUGACUGAAGAAGAAGUGGAGAAUUCUGUCAAACAUAUCCCAAGUUUAGCUACAGUGAUUCUGGUAAGAACUAUGUUGAGGAAGCGCUCUUUUGGGAAUCCUUUUGAUUGGGGUCGGAAAGAGGACCGCAGCAGUUUGUGUGCCCCGGGGCAAACACUCACGAAGCAGGAGAGCAGUGAUGGCGUGAGAAGCAUGGACCUGCCCUACGUCGGAGAGGACGAGGCUCUUUCCUGAUGCGGACGCUUUAAUACGCACACUGAAAUCUUCCUACCUGUAACUGCACAGCACAACACCCCUUUAUUCACUUUUACUCACUUUAAAACCGUCAGCCUACAACUAUGGACAUAAUCUUGGAAGAUGGACGUAAAGGACACAAAAAAGAAGAGAGACGUUUAUAACCUGAGGCACUUUG